AUGAAUAAUUCAACUUCAUGGACAGAAUUUAUUCUCCUGGGAUUUUUAAACCAAUCAAAGACCCCUGCUGCUAUUUUAAGUCUACUUGUCUUUAUUUUCCUUACAGUGCUCUUGGCAAACAGCCUCCUUCUCUAUCUGAUCCAAGUGGACUCUGGCCUUCAGUCCCCAAUGUACUUUCUUCUUAGUCAGUUGUCCUUUAUGGAUAUCUGUCAAACUCUCUCCAUUGGCCCCAAAAUGACUAUCGAUUUUUUAAUGAAAAAGAACAUUAUUUCUUUGAAUGGAUGUUCAGUUCAGAUAUUUUUCAUACUGAUAAUGGGUGAGGCAGAAUGCCUCCUCCUUGCUGUAAUGUCGUAUGAUAGGUAUGUGGCUAUAUGCAAGCCUUUGCAGUAUCCAGUGCUGAUGAGGAAGAAUAUCUGUGUCAUCUUGACAGUUGGGGUUUGGUUUGGUGCCUUUCUGCAUGCGCUGGUGCCCAGUGUUUAUGUGCUGCCACUGUACUAUUGUGGCUCAAAUGUGAUUCACCAUAUCUAUUGCGACCUCCCUUCAAUGCUGAAGUUGUCUUGUUCUGAUACAUCUCACUUUGAAAAGACUUUGAUCUUUAGUGGCAUUACACUGCUGAUCAUCCCUUCAUCUUUCAUCUUAUUCUCCUACGCUUGCAUUCUUGCCACAGUCCUAAGGGUACGUUCAGCUGAUAGGAGUCACAAAGCACUCGGCACUUGCUUGUCGCACUUGAGUGUGGUGGGACUCUUCUAUGGGGCAGCCAUGUUCAAGUACUUGAGACCCAGAUCGUUCCAAACACCGCUGCAAGAUGAUAUGGUUUCACUGUUUUGUACUAUUGUCACUCCCAUGCUGAACCCACUCCUCUACAGCCUCAGGAACAGGGAUGUGCUAGCUGCACUAAAAAAAUUGUUCAGGAAAAAAAUUACAUAA